AUGAUGUCGAGCGCGGCGGCAGAUGAUCUGCUCCUGGAGCUUAUGGACGAGUUCCAACCACACCUGCAGAGCCACAGACACAAGCUACAGACGUGGAGAAGGCUACUGAGGGAAUUCAACCGACGCACGGGCGGCAGCAUCCGGCAGGAGCGGACCCUGCGGAUGAGAUUCGAGCGUAUGAAAGAGACGCUGGAGAGUGGCGGCGAGGUGCAUGUGUUGCAGCCCGGGCUGCUGGAGACGCUAGUACGCGAGUACAACGGGUCCCGGGGGGGAAACAGGCGGGUAGAAGUGGGGGAGCACGAGUGGAAUGGAUGCCAGCCGGCGGGGUUUGAGCCUCUGGGGAGUGACCUUACGAGUGGCACGAAUAGCGCGGAUGAGCGCGAGGAAAGCGAGCCUCCUCCACUCGAUACAAUGGACGUCUUCCCGGCGACCGAGAUGCGUCUGCUAGUGGAGCGCGAGCGCUACAACCUGCUGCGGCAAAGCCUGGUGUCCUUCGAUGACUGUUCGCCGGAGGCAGGCCUCUCGGGGGGCAGCUCAUACUGUGGGUCGACCAGCUCGCACACGAGUCUUCUGACGCCGGCACUGUCCAUGAAAGGCGUAUGCACAGACGGGCUGCACGAAGUCGGCAGGCAGCUGCAGAGCCAGGCAGUCCUGGAUAUCAUAUGUGGUGAGCUGCAGCAACUGCGACAGCAGCAAGAGACGCUGGAGCAGCAUAUUUUCGAGCGUCUCGACCGGUUGGCUGCGCUUCUUGCGCAGAAGCCUGAGAACGCUGGCGUCCGCGGGCACUGA